AGAAGGGCGAGGCAGCUGCAAGAGGAUUGUAUUGGAGCUAUUGAUGGCACACAUAUUAGAGCCUCUGUUCGUAAGAAUGUGGAGUCCUCUUUUCGUGGUAGGAAGUCCCAUGCCACUCAAAAUGUAAUGGCGGCCGUAGAUUUUGAUCUUCGGUUUACUUAUGUCCUGGCUGGUUGGGAGGGGACAGCACAUGAUGCUGUAGUUUUAAGAGAUGCUUUGGAACGUGAAAAUGGCAUUCAUGUCCCACAAGGAAAAUUCUAUCUAGUUGAUGCUGGAUAUGGAGCCAAACAAGGAUUCUUGCCUCCUUUUCGUGCUGUCCGGUACCACUUGAAAGAGUGGGGGAAUAAUCCGGUGCAAAAUGAGGAGUUGUUCAACCUUAGACACUCAUCCCUCCGUAUAACGGUUGAACGUGCAUUUGGGUCACUAAAGAGGAGGUUCAAAGUUCUAGAUGAUGCCACUCCAUUCUUCCCAUUUCGAACUCAAGUAGAUAUUGUUGUAGCUUGUUGUAUUAUUCAUAACUGGGUCAUAAAUGACGGAAUUGAUGAGCUUGUAGCUCCGUCUGAUUGGUCAAGUGAGGACAUUGAUGAAUCGUCAACCGGCCAAGCGAAUGAACAUGCAUUGAUGGUUCAGUUCAGGCAGGGUUUAGCUGAUCAGAUGUGGGCUGACCGUAAUAACCAUCAUGGAGUGUAAUAUGUAGCUAUGCAACUUGUAUUUCUACCUUAUUUGCUACAUUUCAUUUGUAUUAUGAACUUCUUUAUUUAUUUAUUUCGUGUGGACAGCUUGUU